CACCGCUGAGCUGUUCGGGGACACGGGGAAGGGGAGUUGAGGAGAGCAAAUAGUGUACCAUCUCCCAGCAUCCCGCGCUGCAUCUUUGGAACAUGGGAACAAUGCAUUUGAGGAGAGGAUAGCUUAUGUUAUCCGGCCUUCACUGCACUGCCUCUGCAUCCUGGGCGCCCUGCUCCUCCCACUCCAACUCUUCCUCCUCCUCCUGUCUACGGCAUCAUUAGACUGGACUACAGAUUGACCUGGGCUGGCUAGUACUGGACGGUCCUGAUCGCCCUGGCUCGAACAUUCUUCGUGGCUAUGCUACAUUGCCACCGUUCCUAAUGGAUGGAUUGUAAUUGACAUUUGGUGCUAGAAGAUAACCCACAACCCACUGGGCAUCUUGGAUUCUAGUGUCAUUCUUUAGCGGUGUUGUCAUUGGUGCAUUUCCUCUAUUUGGCUGCUUGUUUUUUGCCUUCUCCCAGACUGGCUAGCAGGCACUGCAGCAUCAGGACCGCAAGACCCAUGAAGCGGUAGGGCAUGAGGACCCAGGGGCGACUCAGUGGAAGGGCUUGAGUUCUUCCAUUGCUACCACUGCUGUUGAGCUGAGUGAGUGGGACAGCAGGAGCAGGAGAAGAUGCUUAUGGCCCGAGACACGGCGCGGGAUGAGGCCCAGAAGCUGCACAGGAAGUGGCUGAAGCACCAGGCCUUCAUGGCAGAGCUGGCCCGCAACAAGGAAUGGCUGGCCAAGAUAGAACAGGAGGGCCAGGAGUUGAUCCAGGAGAAGCCUGAGCUGCGCUCUGUGGUGCAGCAGAAGCUGGAGGAGAUCAGAGAGUGCUGGUCUGAUCUGGAGAACACCACAAAGGCCAAAGCUCGGCAGCUGUUUGAGAACAACAAACCUGAGCCAGCCGUCAAGAGCUACUCAGACCUGGACAGUCAGCUCUCCCACCUGGAGCAGCAGCCUCCUCAGCUGGAGCAGGCCCACCACCUGCCCACCUUCAACCAGCAGCUGCAGAAGUUCCAGGCAAUGGAGUCUCAGAUUGGGGACUUUUAUAAAGACGUGGGGGACCUGGGGGCUUUACAGGGCAUGUGCCUCCCUCAGAGAGGCCUGAUGUCAGCUGAACAGGAGGGAGCAGAGCCUCUCCAGCCCGGGAUGGUCGAGACGCGCAUUGUCCGCCUCAUCGAACCCCUGAAGGAGCGCCGCCGCAUCCUGCUGGCCUCAAAGGAGAUGCAUCAAGUCGCACAGGACCUAGAAGAUGAGAUACUGUGGAUUCAAGAGAGGCUUCCUUUGGCAUCAUCUAAAGAUUUUGGAAACAACCUGCAGAGUGUCCAGCAGCUUGUAAAGAAACACCAGACCCUCCAGAGGGAGCUCACGGGGCGGCGUGCACGGGUUGAGGAGGUGCUAGACCGUGCGGGCAUCAUUGCCUCGCUCCGGACCCCGGAGGUAGAGUUUGUGCGUGAGGGGGCGGGGCAUGUGCGGCAGCUGUGGGAGGUGCUGCAGCUGGAGACAGAGAGGAGGGCUGUGCUCCUGGAUGCUACCCUCCAGGCUCAGCAGUAUUACACUGAGGCUGCCAAAGUGGAGUCCUGGCUCUCUGAGCAGAAACUGCAACUGGCCAAUGAGGAGAAGGGCACGGAUGAAGCCAGCACGCUGCAGCUGUUGAAGGCUCAUCUGGCUCUGGAGCAGACAGUGGAGACAUAUGCAGAGACAGUGGGCAUGCUCUCCCAGCAGUGCCAGUGCCUCUUGGGGCUGGGACAUCCUGACAGUGAGCAGAUCACCAAACAACAGUCCCACAUAGACCGCCUGUACGUGUCUCUAAAGGACAUGGUAGAACACAGGAAGACCAGGCUGGAGCAGCAGUACUGGCUCUAUCAGCUCAAUAAGGAAGUGGAGGAGCUGGAGAAGUGGAUCACAGAACGGGAGACGGUCGCCAGCUCUACAGAUCUUGGCAAUGAUCUAGAAGAAGUCACAGUCCUUCAGGAGAAAUUUACCAAAUUUGCCACAGAAACCAACAGUAUCGGGCAGCAGCGGUUGGAGCAGGUGAACAAAAUGGUGAAUGAGAUGAUUGACUGUGGACACUCGGACGCAGCCACCAUUGCUGAAUGGAAGGACGGUCUAAAUGAGUCCUGGGCCGACCUCCUGGAGUUGAUGGAGACCCGCAGACAGAUGCUCGCUGCCUCACACCAACUACACAAGUUCUUCACCGACUGCAAAGAGAUUUUGGCUCAGAUCAUGGGGAAGAUGAAGCAGCUGCCAGAGGUGAGGGCGUGCCAAGCCAAUAUCACCAACCCAGCCACCCUGCAGAGACUCAUGCACUCUUUUGAGCACGCCCUUCAACUCUUAGUUGCACAGGUGAGACAGAUGCAGGAGAACGCAGCCCAGCUCCGGACUAUCUACGCCGGGGAGAAGGCGGAGGCCAUCAUGGUCAAAGAGCAGCAGAUUAUGGAAGCCUGGAGAGAACUGCUGAGCUCAUGUGAGGCCAGUCGGGUCCAGGUCACCUCCGUCACAGAUAAAGUCCAGUUCUUCUCUCUGGUCCGGGAGCACCUCAUGUGGAUGGAGGGCGUCAUGGGACAGAUCAUGUGGGAUGAGCCCAGAGAUCAAAUAUCUUUGGAGCUAAUGAUGAGACAACACCAGGAACAAAAAGCCAAAAUAGAAAACCGUACCAAGACCAUACAGCAGUGUGCAGAUCUGGGCAAAAUCCUUAUCGCUGCAGGCAAUCCAGCAUCUGAGGAGAUAAAGGAGAAGCUGGACAGUCUUCUGGCAAAACAAAAUGCUCUGAAUGAGAAGUGGGAAAAACACCAAGAAAGAUUGCUAUGCAAGCAGGAGCACUUCCAGUUUGCGCAGGAGACAGUGAAGGCGGAGGCAUGGCUAAAGGCCAAAGAGCCACUGAUCACAUCCCGGGAGGAGGAGGGGGGGCAGGCCCAAGCCCAGACAGAUGAGGUGGAGCAGCUCAUCCUCCGUCAUGAAGCCUUCCGCAAGGCUGCUGUAACCUGGAAAGAGCGCUUCAGCUCCCUCCGCCAGCUUUCUGCAGCUGAAAAGAAAAAGGAAGAGGAGAAGAAGAUGCCCCUGUCCAGCCGUAGAAUGUUCCCCUUGUCCUGCCUGACUCCUGGUGCUUCCUGUUCUUCUACCUCUCCUUUCCUGAGGCAGACGAUACAGGCACACAUUGAGCCCAAACCUUUACAGAGCGCUCUGGAGCUGGGAGCCACCCCUGCAUCCCAGAGACUGUCCGCAGCCCUGAGUGGCUACAAUCCAGUCCUGAAUGGAUCUGGCUUCCAUUCAAUCGACCAGCAGGGAAGCACCAAGAUCAGCAGCUCCUCGUAUCUGGGAAUGAACCACCUCACUCCUGCCCCCGGGGUGGACACGGGUCUGUCUGCACUGGUCUCUCAGAGUGUAGCCACUGAUGCGUCGUCUUAUCUUGGAGCAAACCAUCAAACGGGGGCCAUCGGGGAGACCUCUGGAUACUUUGGACUGACCGCUGUUGGUGGGUCUAGUCACGCCAUCCAGAACCAUUUAAGCAGUGGUAGGCUGGGCAGCUCGGGAAAUCUGGCCCAGCCUCCAGGAGGUGGAGGACUGUCCAGUCCAGGCUUCCUCUCUCAGCCACAGAGCAUGGGCAGUUCUGGAUAUCUGGCACAAACACAAAACAUAGGAGGUUCUGGAUACGUGGCUCAACAGCCCAAUUUAGGGAGUUCGGGAUUCUUGGCACAACAGUCUCAUUUAGGGAGUUCUGGAUUCUUAGCACAGAAUUAUCAGGGCAGUGGGAGCUUGGGCAGCUCAGGCUUUCUGGCACAAAAUCACUACAGCAGUGGCAGUUUGGGCAGUUCAGGUUACCUGGCCCAGAGCGGGGGCAUCAUGGACCCUAAAAUGGCCUACGCCUGGCAGCACCUGAAGGCUGAUUUCAUGCAGCCCCGAAUUAACCACAUACACAAGGCAGUGAACCCACUCCUGGAGGCCAGUCGGAUCCAGCGUGAGCAGUAUGGAGACAUCCCUAUGGCCGACAUGGGCCCAGAGUCUGGGCUGGAGUUGUUACAUGGCCGUCUUCAGAGGGACCCCCGCGGCAGCCGGUCAGACCCCCAGAUGGACCAUCUGCGGCGGGAGAGAGAGUACAAGCUGGGCCGUCAGACCUCCAGUGAGCAGGAGAUCCAAGCCAGGCUUAACGAACUGCCCAUGAUAGUGCGACAGGAGCGCUACCGCAGACGAUUAGAGAGGCAGUCAUCCAGUGAACAAGAGGGGAGCGGCAAGCAGCGGAUACCCAGGCAAGACUCCAGCGACCUCGAGGGAUCGGGGAAGGAGGGGUCCGAUAGGCGCUCAGGAGAGAAGAGAUCCACCAUGGCAGAGAUCGUGGAGCAGGUUCAGGAGCGAGAAGCUGCACAUGCACGAGGGGAGCCUUACCGGCCUCCCAGCAGCCUUUCUGCUCCUGUCACCAGGUUUGACGGACGUCCAAGAGCCAGAGACCGGCCUAAACCCAGGAGAAGGCCCCGCCCAAAAGAACCAGAGGAGCCAAGGCGGUCCCGCUCUGCUCCAGCCACUGGUGCACCCACUACACCUCAGCCCCCCUCUCACACUGCCCAAAAUGAAGGCUUCCUCUACCGCAAGAAAGCCACCACCGCUGAGCUGGAGGCUACACAGAGAAGCCCCAACAGUAAGACCUGGGUGAAUGUCUACUGUGUGCUGAAAGAUGGGAAGUUGAACUUCUACAAAGAUGCAAGAAAUCACAAUACAACUUACAAUGGAGAGCCAUCUGUGGACAUGUGCAACUGCACCUUUGACCCGUCCAUGGGAUACAAGAAGAAGAAGAACGUCUUCAUUGUGCAAGUGAACGAUGGAAAUAACUUCAUUUUCCAUGCGAAAGAUGAGGAGGACCUAAAAGCCUGGACAUCUAACAUCACCGCCGCUAUAACAGAGCAUGAGUCCAUGGCUAAGUGGGACCAGCCUGGUACUUCUGGCCUAGAGGCAGAUCGCUCGGAGCGAAAGGAGAAAUCGGAGGGUGAUGCUGACGCCCGCUCUGAGCGCUCAGAACUGGUGGAGGGAGAGGAGCGCUCUGAGAAGGAGAGGUCAGAGAAAGGAGACGGCUCGGAGAAGCUAGAUACAUCAGAAAUUGCAGAUAAAUUUGAGGGUGGGGCUGGGGGCUCCAGCACCUCUGGAAAGAGCAAAUGAGGAGUCCGUGUGACUUCACUGACUAAAGGUGUAGAGCAUCGGGUGGAUUCACAGAAGGAUGUUGAGAUGGACGGGGAGCAUGCGCAGCUAGGUUUUCAGAGCCUCAGUGACUCUGGAACACACUGAGGCCAUUGGACUGACUCAACUGUGACAGACUGAUCUCAGCCCCUCCCCUUCACCAAGGCAAUACAGGAGCGCCACCUGCUGGUAGAGAGGAGGUGGGCCGAGACACACAGUCAGACUCCAACAUUUGUUCCAGGAAUUAGUCACUGUCACGUCUCAUUGUUGAUAGUUUAAUCUCUUGGAUUCACAGCAUUUUUCUGUAUGUAUCUUUGACUGAAAAUGUAAUGCUCUGUCUAUCUAGACAACUUGAGAAGUGGUGAAUGACAUUUCACAAUAUUUAAAAAAAAAACGUUUUUUGAAGCAAUAUACUUUUUUAUUUAUUCUCUUUGUUAAGAGUGAGAAAAUGGGAAGGAAACAAGAACUACUUGCAAAUGUAAACUGAUUCGUCACACCCACGCAAGCAGUGGGGCACCUUAAACACAGACCUGUGUAAAGUAAACAUGUAAUCCCAUUGCACCACUAGCUUUGAGUGAUGUUAAUAUAACGGAAUGCUGGUGUAACUCUCUGAGCUCAUCAUGUCAGUAAAUAGUCAUGGCCACUAUUCACUUUCAGUUCUAUUACUAUCAUCAAGAUCUUUAUAGUUCUUAUUUUCCUAAUGUCAGGUGAAGAGUCUCCAUCAAAUUCAAAUUCAAUACAUGAGGUGUGAAGUGACAAUGUUCAAAGUAACAGUACGCUUACGUAACACAAAGCCUUUGUACACAUGAUGAAAACCCAAGCAUUGCAUGAAAUAGUUUAUUAGUGCUCCCGUUUAACUUGCUUUUUUUUUACGUUAUUGAAACCAUUUGGGCAGAACAGAGCUUGAACUGCAAUAAUUGAAUGUGAGGCGGAGAGUGUGUUGCGCUGUUUGCAGUCACUGGUAAGAAGAGUGGGAUGUAUGGUCAGACCAGAGAAAAAUCUUUGAUCUGUGACUUCUCGGCCAAAGUGGCCGCCUUAUUGUUUGUAAUGUCAACUUUUAUUCACAGAAUGUAAAGAGUUCAGCUGUGAAACCUUGAACCGCGGCUGAUGCAGUGGUGCCGAAAAUGUUAAAACACUAAACAACAUAGAAUGGACCACUCUGUGUUUGAAUCCAAACAUUCAGCAGAUCGACAAACUCUCCAUGAAAGACUAGUUUAAGUGUCAUAAAUUGUAUAUACUUAUCUUUGUAUUUAUACCAAUAAAUCCUGUGCUCUAAUAAAACAAUACUCUGAAAUGAAAUGGAUACAAUUUAACAUUUGUAUUAAUCUACAAAACUCAAAAGAAACAAUCACUCUAAUCUAAUGUUUAUCACAUAAAAUAUGCAAAUUAGGAUUAUGAAAUUAUACAGUGUAUAUAAGUACACAAUUAUUACAUUGUAUGAAACAUUUUACCAGGAAGACCAGCAGGCCAUACUGUACUGUAGGUAUGCUUGUUCUAUUUUUAUAUGUCUAUAUGUAAUAACAUCAGGUCUGUCCAAUCCAGGAGUUUCCCUGUAGCCCCAAUAAGAUCUCUAUUAGUCAGUGUGUGUCUGUGACAACAUAGAUGUAUGUUACAAUAGUACAUGUCCUCCUAUACAAAGAAACAUAACCAAAUGUUUUGAGGACUUCUGAGUCUAGACAACUGUCUGCACAGGUGAAACAGCAUUUUUAUUUGGCGUAAAAAUUAUCUAAUUUCUGCAAAAUGGUGCCAUUCUUUUAAAAGACAGAAUUCCAGCUGAGAACGUGGCAAACCUCUUCUGAUUGUAAUGUCUUUUGUGUUCAGUUUUCCAAGUGAAUGAUCAGUCUCAUACUUGUUUACAGUCUUCCUCUCUUAAAACACCAAAAGUACUUUGUGGACGUGAGAGUGCAAUGGAUGCUGCAGUGUUGAACUCACUGUCAUGAAGAGUGUUCUGAUUCUGCCUGCAUUAAUGCUGUCUUAUUUCAAAUCUAAAUAAGCUAUGUUUUAAUGGAAAUGUUUUACUUUAUUGCAUUCAUUUUUAACAUAAGUGCCAUGUUGUGCAGUCUGCAAAAGUCUGAACGUUUGGGAGAGAGAGCUGCAGGUUUAUUGACAGUGGGACUAAUUUGAGUAAACCAAUCAAUACAUUUGUCACUGCAAUACAUCUUUUUACCAUAAGAGCUUAAGUAUUUUCAUGUGGCUGUGAUUGUUCCUACUCAUUGCUCAUGGCAGAUAUUUAGCCUGCACCACUGUGUGUGUUUGAACUGUUUGCUUCUCAUCACUUUUUCUGAGACACACAGGGCAAUUUCAACUAUGUUAUAAUGAACAUAGUUAUAACCAACGUAAAUAAGAAGAGUAAACCGUGACCGAAGAAAAAAUAUUGUGAAACCUUUGUUUCCUUCAUUGAUUAUCUUACAGUGUGUAUGUCUUUGUUACUUUACAACUUGCUGCUAUGA